AAGUGGAAAAUAAUAGGUGGAGAGAAUCUUGUCUUGUCGUCAAAACUAGUCGGUAACAGACAUGGAUCUACGAACCAUUCCACACCUUCUCUCUGCUCUUUCUCCUUAGCUUCUUCGCUUUCAUUGCUCAAAAAGACACGACACAGAGGAGGUCACUUCCUCUGUUCCAUGCUCUGUCACCACUGUUUCUCCAAACAAACAUACACAAAAUGAGAACCGAUUAUUUGAAGCAGAACUUCCCCUUCACCCACAGAAACAUCUUCCUCAAGUUGCUUCUCACCCUCUUCUUCGUAGGCCUCGCUUUCCGUAUUCUCUUCUUUCACUCCCUGCCCUCGCAGAUUUCCCCUGUUCUCGAAUCCCCGUUUCCUCAAAAAGCCACCUUAUCAGAGCCCCACAAUUCUCCUCACUCUGCAGCUCUUUCACAACCACUUUCCGAACCUCCACCUGUUCUCGAACGUCUUCCCGAACCUCCACCUCUUCUGGGUCGUCUUCCCGAACCCCCACCUCUUCUGGAAUUCGUUUCUGAAACUGAAGAUCAGCUCCCUCCCACAGAAUCAGAACAAUGUGAUUACUUUAACGGGGAUUGGGUUCCGAACACGUCUGGUCCAACUUACACCAACGAAAGCUGCGACCUUAUUGAAACUCAUCAAAAUUGCUUGAAGAAUGGAAGGCCUGACAGAGAGUUUCUGUAUUGGAGGUGGGCUCCUAGACAGUGUGAUUUGCCUCAGUUUGAUCCAAAGAGGUUUCUCAACAUGAUGCGGAACAAAGCCUGGGCAUUCAUUGGUGAUUCCAUUUCCCGCAACCAUGUUCAAUCCCUGCUUUGCAUUCUCUCCCAGGUGGAAAAACCUGUGUUAGUCUACCAUGAUGAGGAGUACAAGAGCAAAAGCUGGAACUUCCCCUCAUACAACUUCCGUAUAUCAGUGAUUUGGUCUCCAUUCCUUGUGGAAGCUGCUAUAUUUGAAGACAUAAAUGGAGUUUCGAGUUCUGAAGUGGAGCUACAUCUUGACAAACUGGACAGUAAAUGGACGGAUCAAUACCUGGACUUUGAUUACAUCAUUAUUUCAACCGGGAAAUGGUUUCUGAAAUCUGCAAUCUACUAUGAGAAUGACACCAUAUUGGGUUGCCACUCCUGUCCUAAGAGGAACCUGACAGAGCUGGGAUUUAACUUCGCAUACCGCAAAGCCUUAAAAUUUGUGAUGAACUUCGUAGUAUCUUCAAAUCACAAAGGGAUGGUCUUUUUCAGGACAUUCACAGCUGAUCAUUUUGAAAAUGGGGAGUGGUUCAGUGGGGGAACUUGCAAUAGAACAGCACCAAUUAAAGAAGGUGAGAUGGAAAGGAAAUAUUUGAACCAGAUGCUCCGUGACAUAGAGUUAGAUGAGGUUGGAAAAGCAGCUUCUGAAGCUUCAAAAAAUGGUGUGAAUUUUAAGCUUGUGGAUUUCUCUGCACUAUCACAACUGAGACCUGAUGGACAUCCUGGUCCAUACAGGCAAUUUCAACCAUUUGCAAAGGACAAAAAGGCUAAAGUUCAGAAUGAUUGUUUUCAUUGGUGCUUACCUGGGCCAAUAGACACUUGGAAUGAUAUAAUAAUGGAGAUGAUUGUGAAGGGGUGAGAAAAAUAAAACCAGUUAAAGGCCACCAUACGUUUGUGAAUAUUGAGUGAAUUGUUACUCUCUCUAUACUGUGAUUCUUGAUAUUCAUAUUCAUACAGAAGGAUGAUGGAGGUUGGAGAUAAAUAUAUUGAAUGUAGCAAAAGGGACUCUAAAUAUUAGCUUACAGUUAAUUUUGAUAUGGAA